CUCUAACACCCCCAGGAUACUUUUUCCAGAAUUAACAAUAUAAAUUGUCCCCCUGUGUCUGGGGCUUCCAUUCAACUAUCUAAUCACUACGCAGAGUAACCAGAAGUUACUGAGCUCCAGGCACGAUGAACAAGGUCCUACUCUUGUCCUGUCUUGCACUAACUCUUGUUCUCUUUGCCAGUGGGGCACCAACAUUGCCUCCUCCCACCACUUUGCUGCAGUACUUAAUACCCGACUUAAUAGAAGUCCAAAAGAAACUCAAUGAUGUAUCAGAAAGGAUGAAGAGGUAUGAACUCUACAUCCCGAGUAAUGCCAGUAGCAUCGCAGACCUGCAGUGUUUCACUAAAGAACUGAACCCUGUGGCUGAAGCAUUGAAAUAUGAAUCAAGAGAAGCUUCAGAUAUUCAGGAUCAUAUCAGUAACAUUAAUUUGACUGUUAAUAACUUAAUGGGAUCUGAAACACAGUGUCACUAUGCUGCCAAGAUUAAGAUCGCAGGCUUUUUUCAAGAAUUCAUUACUUUCUGCCAAAGACUCAUCCAAUUAACUCGAUGAUAACUAAUUAAUUGUCUGGGUAGAAUUAUUUAUUUAAAUAUUUAAAU